GCGGCGGGGCCCGGGCGGCGGGCGGUGAGCGGCGCGCAGGGUGGCCGGGCUGCCCCGCGGGGCCCGGCGCCGCCGCCGCCAUGACCUACACGGCGGAGCAGCUGGACGGCGUGCGGCGAAUAAAGCGGUGCAGGAAUUACUACGAGAUCCUGGGGGUUGAGAGGGACGCCAGCGAGGAGGACCUGAAGAAGGCCUACCGCAAGCUGGCCCUGAAGUUCCACCCGGACAAGAACCGUGCUCCUGGCGCCACGGAGGCCUUUAAAGCAAUAGGCAAUGCUUUUGCAGUUCUGAGCAACCCUGAAAAACGACUGCGAUAUGAUGAAUUUGGAAGUGACCAAGAGAAUGUCAGCACUGGCCAGGCCAGGCACUAUAAUUAUUACACAGAAUUUGAAGCAGACAUCACACCGGAAGAAAUAUUCAAUGUUUUUUUUGGUGGGCACUUUCCUACAGGAAAUAUCCAUAUGUUCUCAAAUGUAGCUAGAGAUGCUCACUAUUAUCCACGGCGGCACCGAAACGAGAGAGCAUGGACACAGGAGCAAGAGGAGGAAGAAAACAGGCCACAGAACUCGUAUUCUGCAUUUAUUCAGUUGAUGCCAGUUUUCAUAAUAAUAAUAGUAUCCGUUAUAACCCAGCUGAUGGCAACUAACCCACCCUACAGUCUAUUUUACAAAUCGUCCAUAGGCCAUGUUAUUAGUAGAGAAACAGAGAACUUGCAGGUGCCUUACUAUGUUGAUAAAAACUUUGAAAAGAAUUAUCAAGGUGUGGAGCUUCAAGAGCUAGAAAAAACUGUUGAAAAAGACUACAUAGACUAUAUUCAGACCAGCUGCUGGAAGGAGAAACAACAAAAAUCUGAUUUGUCAAAUUUGGCCAAGUUAUACAGAGAUGAACGAUUAAAACAGAAAGCAGAAUCACUGAAACUUGAGCACUGUGAGAAGCUCUCCAGUCUGAUUGGAAUGCACAAAGGAGGCUGACCAGGACAUACACGUUCUGUGGUUUUAUUUAUUGCUGUUUUAACUUAUGUUUUUAUUUUUUUCUUUGUAUAAAAAGAGAAGGAGUCUGUUGUAAAGAGUCUGAAUACUUGAUUCCUUCAUAUAGUGCAGAGAUGGGCCAACACGAGCUGUAGAGCUAGUGUUUGCUUUAAUAUACUGUACAUUACAUUUGGUUCCAAGGACCAGUGGCACUUAGUGUAAAUUAAUUCCCUGGGAAAUGUUAUUCAGUUUGGAACCUGUCUUUAUGGUAGUUUGUCUGCCAUCCAAACAGUGUACGCUUCCCAGGAGAGUCGGCACAACGUCCCACGCUUUCUGUAUUUUAUAUGGACCUGCAGUUCACUUCAUGCAGUGUAGUUCUCGGCAUUAAAGUGUGCUAGCCUUUUCACAAUGAUCUCAAGCGGAUGUCCUUGCUUCUACAGUGGCUGGUAGUGAGAAUGUAGACUGGAUGAGGGCGUAUUUUCUAGUUCUAGUCUAAUAUUUAAUGUUUAAUUGAGAAGUAUCAGGUACCUGCUUCAGGUAAGCUUUUAAGCACAUUCCUAGCUCUCAUUUAUGUUGAUGGGACUUAACCGUUUGCUUCUCUGACUGAAGAUCCAUGCCUGAUCGAUUCCUCAGUGAGGAGACAGGCUGAGAUUGCAGCAGGAACAUGGAACAAGAAGAGGAGAGUCUGUGAAUGAGAUUGAUUCCAGUGUCUGCCAAACUGUAGAGAAAGGACAACCGUAUUUAUUUUCUCAUAUGUUCUCAGUGGCAUAUUUUUAAGCUGGCUGUUUAGUUUCUGAUUUUAUUUGCAAACUCUUCUCCAGCUGUUACAGAGGUUCUGCUUGCUGAUACAGUUUUGAUGUAGCAUAUUUUUACUCUGAGCAGUUAUGAAUGUUUCACUGUAGAGAUUAGUAUUGCAAAGAAAAAGAUCUAUGUAGUAGCUUCCGGUUUUCUCUGAAUCCUCCUUUACAAAACCAGAUGUUUACAGGAAGGUUGAGGAUGGGUUAUGCUCAUAAGCAGCACAAACAGAGUAUUGCUCCGAUAGAGCAUCAUUAAGCUCCCGAGCCAGUUUCUCUUGUGUUGUUGCUGGUGUGUACCCAGCAGCAGCAUCUAGUUUACCUGAAUCAGAUUAAAACUAACCCACCUGAACAAUCCCGCUUGUGGAGAUUCUUAAAUCAUGCUUCUGCCAGUGAGAUGAGAGGAGAAUGGGCAUGGCCAUGAUCCUGUGCAACAAUGGAAUUUUUGAUGCUUUUUACUUGGGCAUAACUUAGAGAAGUCUUAGUUCUGCCCAUCCCAGUAGACAAGCCUGUACAGAACGCAGGAAGAUCAGGACUCCGCACAGGGGAGUCUCAACCUGCUCUCUGUUCAAACGCACACACGUGUAGCUGCACCCUAAAUUUCAUUCUCUGUACUUUUCAAAAUAGGAGGAGGGAGGGACUUUUGUUUUCACAUUUUUGACGUACUAGAUACCUGUAAAACUCGUGGAAUGAAGUAUUCUGAAGAAUGACAUCUCCAAACAAUAGAGGCACCAAUGGGACAGGCUUUUGCCCACCCUCCCUCCCUAACAUGGGGAUUUAGCAUAGUAGUAGCAGAAGCAGUACUUACCUCCAUGGCAUGUAAGUACAUGUCUGCGAAGAACUGAACAAAUACCUGUUGCUUCCCCUAUACCUAAAACUCCCUACAAAUAGUGGAGGAAGCCACAGAUUGCCUUUGCUUAAACCUAGGAAAUAAAGUGCUCAAAGGUUAAAAAAAAAAAUGCCAGGAUUAAAACUGCCUUUAAAAUUUAGACUUCAGUCUACAUGUGCCUGGGCAUUAAGGUGCAGUCAUGGACUAGUACUCUCUGCAUGCACUGCGGAUGUCCUUUUGACAUAGUGUACGAGAUGGCUAGUACUGAGAGUGAAUUGGGACUGUCGAUAGCAAAAACUGUCCGCGUGGUAUACUUGUCGCAUUUUGUUACAACAGUUAGAAGUUGUAUAAGAAAUGAAGCCAGCAAUUGCACGAAGAGAAGCCUUCCCAGUGAUCUAGGACAACGGAGUUGGUGCCUGUAUUGGGUUUUGAAUCUAUGCUCUGAUCUGCGUAAGUUGUGCAGGUUCGUGUCUGCAGACAGGUAAGUGCUUUAACCGCCGCACCCUUAGGUGCACGCCCCAGGUAUGUUUGGACCGUCACAACUACAGCAACAUUGCUGCUGUGAAAUGGUGGUGGUGCCCAGCUCCCCACUGGGAACUUCUGUAGGAGCAUACAGGUUAGCUCAGCAACGCUCGUCAGCCGCUCAAGACGGGAAGAGUGCCGUUAAAGGAAGGCACUUAGAGAUGCAGCAGUGAGUUGUUGUCAGUCCGAUAUAGUAAGGCACAAAUGUGAGAUUCUCUAAGGACAAAGAUGUUUGAUUUUGUUCUUCCAGACUAGUAACGUGGCAGAAGGUAGAAUAGGCAGCUUUGAUUCCGGUAUUUACCAAUUUUGAGCGCUUGAUGUGUGUAUGUAUAAAAAGCAAUACUCUUUUAAUGUUGCUUUUUAUAAAAUACUCUGUGGAAUAUAUUUCAAUUAUAUUAAAGUGGUUGGACUUUCA